GAAAGAUCCCUCUAAAUAAAAUUUCCAGGCCAAAAGGAAAAAUUACCUCUAUGAAUCGAGAACAAGAUGUAAUUCAUCUGCCUCCAUUAGACGAUCCCAGGCCAGUCGUGAGGCAAAAGCCAAAUCUUGACGUUAAAGAGAAAAUGAAGAACUACAUUAGGAACAAAUAUAAAAACCACAGGUCAUUAAAACCCCUUGCAAUGGUGAAUGAAACUGAUAAUGAGAACUCAAUUUGCGAGGAGAAUGCUAGUAGAGACCAACAACAUUACUCAGGGUUUAAGCUAAGAAAGGACACAGCCAAAAAGUUCCAAAAGGAGAGAAAGAUCUCCUUGAGUAACUUCAAAUCAGGUUCAAAAGUAAAAGGGCUCCCAGAUCGUUUUACUCGAGAUAGUAGUUCCAGUGAUUUAAGAAGGAUAGGCAAUCCUCAAUUGAGGGCUUCUGAAUCAAGCGAUAAGGGGUUCAGAUUGAGAAGGUCAGAUACUUCUUCUCUUGGCCUAUUACCUAAUAAUGUCAUUUCCUCAAAUCCUAAAUAUAAGACUUAUCCCAUGAGGAAGGGCCAUACACAAUCCGAGAAGAAGUUUGAAGACUAUGGACAGUCAGUAAUGGAUGAAAUUGAGAUACUUCAGAACAACCUUGAGAAAACUAAAAGGAAAAUGGAUAUUUUUAGGCCUGAUAAAAGCAUUAUCACAAAAGUCUCUUCAGAGGAUGAUGACCACCAAGAUUUUAACACCAGAGAUAAUAGUCCAUUGUUGAGUGUGUCUCCUACUGAAGAAUAUUGGACAAAUUUUAAUCAGAUUACCACAUCACUGAGAUCAAGAGAAAAUAUUUCUUCUCAAAGGAGGUCUUCUAAAAUAGAUCUCUCAAGAGCCUCAAAUAGAAAAAGUACUGCAAAUGAAAUUCUUUUCGGAAAUUCAUUGAGAAAUAAAAGUUUGGCUGGAUCAAAUGGGUCCUCACCAGCUUUUAUUCUUCAGCCAGGUUCCCAGUCGAAUAGGUCAGACAAUUUGAAUCUAAACAAAGGUUUUGGAGGGUACAUGAACAGAGAAGAAAAAUUGGCCCAGUUACACCGUGAUCUUAACAGGUACAUGAAAACUCAAAAGUACUAGUUCAUUUUGCUCAAGAGAAAGCCAUAUUGAAUAUAACUAAUUGGAAUAGGAUUAAUUGAUUUCA